AUUUGAGGUUAGGGUGAAGAGAAGCCCGCGCUUUAUCCGGAUAUUUUACAAUUUUAAGAGCAAAAUCCUCCAGUGCGAUGCCGCGGAAACGGAAAAUCCGUCUCCAAAGUGACGAAAAUGCACCACCAAAGGCAACAGCAAGGCAGAAUGCUCCCAAAAGGCCAAAAAAUCAGAAGAUUACUACCCUGAUUCUCCAGACGCAGGAACAUGCCCAUCGGCAUCAUGAGAAGUACAUCAAGGAACUGCAGAAAAUCUAUGAAAAAGACAAACAUGAAGAUUUUAUAAAUGACUUCCUGUUAAUCCUGCGUUCAACGAUGGUGAGAGAUGUUAACAAUGAGUAUGCAUCCAAUGCUCUGGGCUUCUGUGCCAAAUUUGUCGCUAUUCACAAUACAGAAGAAACCCAUCCACUGGUCAAAGAUGUCUUUAAGUGGCUCCUGUCGACUUCCAGCAAUGAUAUUAAUGUGCGAUACCGCCUUUGUGAGUUUGUCAACCUAAUUCUCAAGUCUCUGGGUGAGGAAGCUGUUCUGGAUGACAAUAUCUGUGACAGCAUCCACAAGUACAUGAGCGAGAGAAUGUCCGACAUCAAUGCAAACAUCCGGGCACAAGCUGUCUUGGCACUUCAGCGCCUCCAAAUGCCAGAUGAUCCCAAUGACGUCAUCCUCAAGCAGUACUUCUUCCACUUGAGCACAGAUCCGUGCAUCAAGGUGCGUCAGCACAUCAUAACUUCCAUUGGGCGCAACAUGAACACCAUUCCGCCCAUCAUCGAGCGCCUCUGGGAUGUGGACGAGAAGGUGCGCAGGCACGUCGUUCUGCAGAUGAGUAGCUACCCGGUGCGCUCCUACAAAGUGGCUGAGCGUCUGACGUUCCUGGAGCAGGGACUCAAUGAUCACAGUGAACUCGUCCGGAAGGCCACAAUUAACGUGAUGCUUCCGCGCUGGCUGGAUUCCUACAGUGACAACUACAUUGCCUUCGUGGGGGCUCUCAAACUGGACACCAACGACAAAGAAAUGCAGAGAUUCAGGAAAUGUGCUCUUCAAGCUCUCCAGCACAUUUUCAAGAAGAGCGAUGUGACCAAGAUUGUAACAGCCUUAGGAUUCACAGCUCCGGAGAAGACUCGAAAAGCAUCUGAUGAGGAGGAUGAAGAAGAAGAGGAAAUGGAAACAUCAAAUAGGCAAAACUUCCCACGUUGCGUGCCCUUCAAGUCACUCAAUAUUGAAGUGGCUGUCUACUGGGAGGCUGCUGUGAGUUACCUCCAAGAGAAUGACUUUAACGAGUUGAAUGCAAUUUUGCCAGAAUUGAGUGUCUUUUGUGGCUAUAGUGAGAAAUACUGUGAAAAUGUCCACUACGAAGCUGAUAAGUGGCAGCAAAUGAAGAAUCAGUAUGUUCUGCUGAGUUUACUGGAGAUUCUGGCUAAAUAUGAUUUGGGCGAUGAAGUAGGUCGGAAUAAUUUGAAGCAGUUGCUACAGGCAAUUUUGGUGAAGUACAAUCUGGAGGAGUGGAAUGUUUCUGUGUUGGUGAGAAUAUUUGAAAAAGUCUAUCCAAUUGCUGAUGAACGCCUGCAAACUGUUGUUGAGAUUGUCAAUGAGAUUCUACAUUUGGAUGAUGCCAAUGUGACUGUGGACAGUGAGAUGGAGAAUACUGUGCUGAAGAAGGCUGAUAUUGAUUUGCAGCUGAAGGUGUCGGCACUCAAGGUGAAGAUGAUGGAUUUGAAGGAGCAGGAAAAUGCUUUUGUGCAGAAGAAAGAUUAUGCUAAUGCUCAGAAGGCUACUGAGGAAUGGGCUCAGUGCAAUGAGGAAUAUGUGAAGAUGCUGCAUCCGUUGAUUGUGGCAGAAACUGGACAAACAUCAGAUACUGUCCUGAAUAUGGAUCUGCUGAAGGUACCACAGAAGAUUUCCACGGAAACGACAUUGAAGUGCCUGCAAAUUAUUUUCUACACAAUUUGUUCUAAGCACACAAACAGCAUCACGCCAUCUGUUGUCAAUCUCUACAAUCAAUUCAUUUGCCGCCAUAUGGAAUCACUCAAUACAAGUGUCAGGGAAUGGGCUUUCAAGUGUGCCACCACUUGCAGUAUGCUGUAUAGUAUGCUGGCCAAGGAAGUCACCAAGAAGCUAUCGGAACAAUUUGUACUUAAUUCAAAUGUUCGCGUGUGGACAAUUGCAAUUGAGUGUCUUUUUGAAUUGGUUGAUCGAUAUGGACUGGAGUUUUUCAUUGAUGCACCGUCAGAGGAUGACUUAGGAAAGGUGUCCGGAAAGACAAAAUCUCGUCAACUCUUUUCGACAUCGGUGUUGGAUCAGGGUGAUCAGGAUACGUCGCAGAGUAUUGUGGAUAUUCUGGGACGUUUGUCACAUUUGCUGGAAAAUUGCGAAUAUAGUUGCAUUGUUCAGGCUCUUGUGCUGGGUUUCUGUCGAUUUGUCUUGCAUGGACACUACACAGAAUCCAAUAUUGUAUCCAAACUCAUGCUGUACUACUUCAAUCCAGCCACUGAGCCAGAAAUCAAUCAGAUUUUGGGCAUUUUCUUUGAGAGUCUGACCAAGGAGCGCAAACAGGAAUAUCUUCAACCGGCCCUGCUGCCAACACUCUUUAUCAUCUUCGAAGCACCCAUUGAUAGUCCAUUGCAGGAGAUCAAACCGGAAACUGUGAUGAAGUUCGUAAUUGAUGUGACUCGUCCACAAUUCUGCAGUCCCGGACUCAAUAUUCACAAUACAAUUGGGAUGUCCUUCAUCAAUGCCAUGCAGGACAAUGUGACGCACAAGGAAUUGCUGAAGAUUCUGUCCAAAGGACUCCUAUCACUCGAAGUGUCUGAUGAUCCUUCAUUCAGGCGGGACCUGAAGAACUCGUGCGAUCAGUUGCUAAAAGUGACUGGAUUAGAUGAAAAAGUGGCUAAGAAUAUUGGAUCCUUUAAGGAUCUCAUGGACGGGAUUAAGAGGCCAACAUUGUCAUUUUCAUCCACGAGAAUGACCAAUUCCGUGGCAAAUGCUGAGAAGAAUUCCGACGAGGAGGAUGGAGAGGAAGAAAGUGACAAUGAGGAAGGGGAGAAAAAUGCAGAGAAUCAUCUGGAGACGAUUACAGAAGAUGCCACUGAAGAACAGAAUUCCGUAGUUGCUGAAGACAAAACAGUUACAGGAGAUGCUGAAAAGACUAAUGUUGCUGAAGAAGGAGUAUUAGUACCAGCAACACCAUCUCCACGGUCACAGAGUCAGGAAACACUGACAGAAGGGGAUGAUUCGGUUUUCCUGCCAGAAACGCAGAAAACACCAAAGUCUCAAGAGAAUCUACCUCAGAGUCAGAAUUCGGAAGAUUCAGAAAUAAUUGAUGCGUCUUUCGAUGAGACUGCAGAAUCCAGGAGGAGACUCGGUAGAAGAAGAAAUGUUAGUCCAACGAAGGAGAAGGAACCAGAGAAGAAAAGAACUACAAAUGCAUCAGCUCCUGAAACUUCGUCACAGAAACGGCAACUGGAAAUGAGAACACCAAAUCCAAGGACUAAGGUCACAAGAAGUGCUACUACAGCACAGGUUGGAAAGAAAGCCGAGGAUAAGGGGAAGAAAAAACCCGAUCCGAAGGAACAAGAAAAACCGUCGAGGACUCUGUCUCAGAGAACAAGAAGAGGCGAGAACAAAGAUGACAAGGAGGCACCCAUGUCCAAAGCUUCCUCAGUGAAUAAUGUUAAGUCUGGAUUGAGUGAAUCAAAUCCGAAAGACCAAGAGAAAUCUCAGAAGAAACCUGAUCCGAAGGAGCAGAAGAAGGUGAAACCGAAGGAACCAGAAAAAUCUCUACGGACUCCGUCUGAUAGAACAAGAAGAGGAGAGAACAAAGGUGACUCUCCGUCGCAAUCUUCCACAGCCAGAAGCACGAAGUCUGGACCAAGUACUCGAAGUCUGCAGGAACAGAAGAAGGCUGAUCGGAAAUCUCCGAAGAAACCCGUAGAGAAAGAAUCAGAAAGUGCAUCAAGGACUCCGUCUCAAAGAGGAAGAAGGAGUGAGAACAGAAAUGACAAGGAGACACCCUUAUCUUUGUCGCAAACUUCCUCAGCCAGUAGCAUCAAGUCUGGACCAAGUACUCGUAGUCUGCAGGAACAGAAGAAGGUUGAUCGGAAAUCUCCGAAGAAACCCGUAGAGAAAGAACCAGAAAGACCAUCAAGGACUCCAAGGACUCCGUUUCAGAGGGGAAGAAGAAGUGAGAACAGAAAUGACAAAGAGACACCUAUAUCCUCGUCGCAAUCUUCCACAGCCAGUAGCACUAAGUCUGGACCAAGUGCACAAAAUCUGAGGGAGCAGAAGAAGCCUGAUCGGAAAUCUCCGAAGAAACCCGUAGAGAAAGAACCAGAAAGACCAUCAAGGACUCCGUCUCAGAGGGGAAGAAGGAGUGAGAACAGAAAUGACAAAGAAACACCUAUGUCCUUGUCGCAAUCUUCUUCAGCGAGUAGCGUCAAAUCUGGACCAAGUACACCAAAACGUGCUAAGAAUGUCCAGGUGGCGGUUUCUCCGCUCAGCAGAAGCUACAUUCAGAUGCAAAUGAUGAGUCCACAGCAUAGAACAAGGAGAGCAACAGCUGAAGAAUACUCACGAAAUAAUAUAAUGACUCGUACAAGGAUUCAUCAUCUCUCUCCAUCAUCCAGAUCUUCGUCCCAGCGCAGCAAAUCGUCACAAGACUCCAAUAGGAGCACCAGGUCCCGGCAGUAGUACAAAGAGUACAAAUAUGUAAACCGGGGAUAGUUUCAGCGAUUCCUUUAACGUCACUCUUAUCUUACUUUAGCGUUGUAGAAUGAUGUCUUAAUUUUUUUGAGAUUUUGUCAAUUUUUAUCACUAAAAUUUAGUUUGACUUUCAUUCACUCUUUUAAAGCCGUGUGUCCCUAAGUGGUGCCGCGGUCAACAGUUUAGUUUACUACAUAGGGGAAAGGCUCAUAAUUUUGUCCAGUUUCUUAUUUUGGACACUUUGAGGAUAACAUUGGACACUAAAAAUAAAUUGAUUAAAAUGA